CUGGUAGUGUGUUCCAGAAGCUGACUUAUGUUGGAGCAAUUGUUUGGUGUAAAACAAACAAUGUGACAGCGUCAAGAAGGCCAACCCCAUGUUUCUCAACGUUUGUUCUGACAGGACAAGGUGGUGCUCCGAAGGAGUGUCGGAGAAAGAGAGACUCUCCCAUAAAAGAACAACUGUAAUCUGAAUGGUGGAAGAUUAUCACUAACUACAACAAUGCAACUGUGUGCUUGAAGAACUUGAGCUACACGUACAGGGUUGGGUCUUUAUAUUUGAUUUCAGGAGGUUUGAGUCUGAUUCCACGAGCAACCCCACAAGAGGUCUACCACUGAACAUUUUGAAGACACCUGGAUUUGAGGAUUCACUGUUGUAGUUUGUUACUUGCCUUCUUCACCACCAAGACAUGGUGCUCUGGAUUAUUUUCCCCAUUGCCCUCUCCCUUGUGUCCUGCAUUGGAACAUGGACUGUAUAUGGCCUGGCCUUCGCUAACAAUCAUGUGUGCUCUCUCAGUGACUGGGGGAAUAGAAACUACUGCAAAGUGAAUCAUACCACUAACUGUUGCCUUGUUCCCACUAUAAGCUCAAGUGGAAUCAGCGCACCAGAAAAUUCACUUUUUACAACCACCAUCAACGCUGGAUCUUUUCUGUUUUUGCUGUUCUGUAUAUUCCACCAUGCCCAUAUUAUGGAGAGACACUCAUGUCACUCCAUGCUGAGCAAGUCUGCGCUUGUCUUUGGUGUGGUGGCAGCCUUGGGGGCAUUUGCAGCAGGAAACUGUAAUCCUGGUUACCUGGCACUGCCUCACUACCUCGGAGCCGCCUUAAGUUUCAUGUGCAUCUGCUUCUACACUGUCCUGCUCACUGCGCUGACCAAGAAGUGUGUGCUGACCGGAUUUGAGAAGUUUCUCUACCCGUACCGCAUCACCUCCACUGUGGUUCAAACCAUUGUGACCAUCUGCUAUUCUUUUUUGUUUGCCCAGGACGCGUAUUAUUACGUUCACUUGUCGGCUAUAUUUGAGUGGAUGCUCAGCGUCAACCUGGAGCUGUUUGAGCUCAGCUACGUCGUGGAGUUUUGGUUCUUCUCGUCCUUCAUGAUCGCAAAUCUGCUGACCAGACGAGAGGAAGAAAAGCCUUUGAUGAUGUCGCUGCCCUGAUAUGAGGCCGCCAAGGUCCAGGUGAAGCACAUGAGCAGUGACGAUGGACUGACUACGACAUCUGGAAAGAGAUCUGUUGCUGGACCUUGGCUGGAGGACCAAUAAUUAUUUCCAUCAUGCUGCUGGAAUGGAUUUAAAGCCAUUUAUGGAUUAUGACCACUUUUAUUCUGUCCACAAUUGUUUUUUUCCUGGGCGUUCCUCAAUCCUAACUGUCAUUCUUAUUCAUUGAAAUAAGCUACAACAGCAAAUGACCAAAACAUAUCAGAUGUAUUAUGUUUUUGUGGAAGCCACGUCGAUGCUCUGCCAAAGAUCAACUAACCUGGUUCGUCUUACUCCUUAUUUAUGUUGUUGUUAAUCUGUUACUAUUUAUCGAUGUAAAUAUUAUCAAAAAUAAAGAUGCUUCAUUUGG